AUGGGAGGCGAGGAUGAGGGCCUGGGCGGCCGGUUGGUGUUGGCUGCAUCAAUUGGCUGGCCGCAUCGUGUAAGGUAUGCACGCACGGCCACACCCAUCGAAUCCCUCCUCUCCACAAGACAAUUAAUCAUCCAGAAGUUCUGGCCUGCCUCGAUGGUCUACAAGAUCCCGCUUCCUACACUUCGAGUUAUUAUUGUGCGCAAAUAUAUUCGGUUAAACGGAAUUGAGGAAAGAAGUUUUGGAUUUCCGAACCCUUCCCCGCCAACAAUGACAAUCAAAAUUACGGACAAAAAAUGCCGCGCCAACACAAAUAAGCCCGGCAAAGCUCAAGCAAAGGGAAGGGAGAACAGCAAUGCUGAAACUCGUUUUUUCCGGGGAGGUAAAAUAAUGAGACCGGGAAAUGACGAUCAGACAACAAGCAAUGCUUGCUGGUCCUGGUGCUGGUGCUUCUGA